AACAAUGUCUCUCAUCUACCCAUAGCGGAAACAAGCAACAUCACCAACAAUAAUACCGAUUACCUAUACCAAAACAACCCCACAAUUGCUCUUCCUAACCCAAAUAAUGCUACCCCCCCCCUCAUCCGCCAUCAUCCUUAACGACCCUUUUCUAUCUCAAGCUCAAAUUCAUCCCUCUCCCGAAAGCACACUAUAUCUACUUCAGCCCAAUCUUACAAAUGAUGACAACAUUAACUCAACUCUCUUCUAUGCUGCCAAACAAUCUGAAUUUCUAGAUCAUGCAAACGACAACCAAAUCCCUUCAGAUUAUCUCAGGGACCCCUCUCUCAACACCCUUAGACAUUUUAACAACCCCUCUCCAGGAAGCUCCAUCACAUCACCACUUGUAGGCGAGAUGCUCGAUCCAACAAUGAUCAUUGAUCAACAACAUGCUGAUAAGAAUAUUUAUGGCAAAAGAUCAAUGUGCAACGAGGGAGAUGAUAGCGACCCUGACUCAAACUCGAUGAAUCCCCCCAAGCAAAUACACAAAUCCCCCCCGACAACCAAGACAAUAACCUCUCCAUGCAAAAACAACCCUCAACAAAACCAUACCUCAAAACCCACACAAUCUACUUCUCAAAAUAACUCUCCCCCAUCAAAUAACGUAGCUAUGGAAUCCUCUACACCCACUCAGACUCGAACCCAACAUCCCUUUCGCCCAACUAUUCCCGAUAACCUGAGAUCUAAUCGUUAUCCCCCACAAUCCAGAAACCAAACAUUUGAAGUCCUCUUUCAAGCAGACUACUCAAAGCCCAAUGCCAACCAUCUCCACGCUAUCCAUCUUGCAAGAAUCAUCUACAAGAUUUUAAAAGAGGCAAAAUUGGGAACUGAUCGCCAUGAGACCAGAAAAGUGGGCUUCUCUAUUAUUGUCCCCUUUUUUAGUGCCAAACAAGCUAAUACCGUCAUGAAUCACCCAUCUCUCGCAACAGACAACAUAAUUGCCUAUAUCCCCGAAUUUAACCUCUCCAGACAGGGCCUUAUUAAAAAUGUGCCACUAGAUAUCUCAAACGAAGACCUGAUGUCAGACCUUCAAUCCUCAGUUCCAUUCUUACAAGUCACCCGCUGCAAUCGCUUCACUAAAAAUCCUGAUGGCUCCAGACAAAUGAGCCAAUCGACCACUAUUCUUAUUAAGUUUGAGGGACAGAUUCUCCCUCCUAUGGUCUCCCUGUAUGGUUUUCGACUGGAAGUUUUCCCUUACAUCUCCCAAGUAAAAAGAUGCUCAAAGUGCCUUCGCUUUGGACACUCAAAGAAACACUGUCAGGGCAUGGCUACUUGUAAUCAUUGCUCAGAAACCUCCCACGAUUCCUCCUCUUGUUCCAACCUCAAUAAACCCCCCAGAUGUGUGAACUGCAAAGGGCCUCACCCUUCAACUGAUGAAAUCUGUCCUACCCUCCACAUCCAACGUCAAACCCAUCAAUAUGCUGCAACUAACGGUAUCACAUACGCGGAAGCUAGAUACAUCUUACAAAAUAAGAAAAAUGACAAUCCUAAAAACAAUCACACCCAACAACCCAACCCCUCUAUCAACUCAUUCCUCCCUUCUCUCCCACUGAUCUUUAACAACUCGACUUUCCCUCCACUACCCCACACUACCCCCUCAUUCACUACCCAAGAUCGAAUUUCGCAGGCCCGAACCGCGAACCUUUCCCAAGUGGUCAACAGUUCGCCACCCCCAAACUCCCUCCCACCCUCUUUCUCCACCCCUCAGUCCCAUCAAAGCUUUGACAACCACAAUUCUGCCCUAAAACCUCCACUAAAACCCAAGAAACAGCGACAACCACGUCAAUCCAUCUCUCACCCACAGCAACUACCUCCUCCGACCCACAAACACCUAUUGAUUUCACCCAAUGGUGCUAACUAUCUAAACUCCUUUCCCUCUCAGAAUACUGUCGAAACCACCCCAACGACUCACACUAAUCGCCCUCCCCUGUAUAAAAGCUCAAACAAGAAACCCUCAGACCUCCAGGAAAUAAUGUUCCAAAUAAAGUCUUUCUUAGAUAUCUUUCUUACCAAAUUAGCUGACCUUGUGAAAACUUUAGGAUUAACGACUCACUUAAAUGAAAUCUCCACUCUUUUCGACUCAAUCAAAGUCCCAACCCCCCCUCACCCCCCCAUCCCUCAAGAGACCCUACCCACCAAUUCUCACCAAAUUAUCAUCACUCCCUCAUCUUCCUCCUCUUCCACCCUCCCUUCUGCCUCCCCUAAUUCAACACAAAGCUUCGUCAACACCUCUCCCAUCAUUCAAACUUCCCCCAUCCCCACCCCAAUAUAA